GUGCCUGGCAUUAUGCAACCCGCCUCCUGGCCCCGCGGAGCUCCCACUCGGCGGCGGGCUGUAACGGCGGUGGGCAAGAGGCGCUCGCUCGGAAAAGGUACUGACUGCGAUCGGGCUUCUCGAUUCUCAGGGGUUUGGUUUCCACUUCAGCCUGGCCUUCCGGCUCUCCCUUGUGGAUCCAUUGUGCACCCUCUCCAUUGUCCCUGUUCUGCCCCUCCCAUGGCCCAGACAUGAGUAGCGCCCAAGAAGGGGCUGAUGGGGGGGGGGACUCCAGGACCAGGGAAUCCUUUUGUCCUGGAGGGACCCCCUCCCCUGGGCCUCCCCAGCGUCUGCCUUGUCCAGACCCCAACCUGGCUGAUGAUAUGGAUGCCAAUAGCAAUGGCUCAAGUGGCAAUGAGUCCAACGGGCCAGAGUCGAGGGGUGCGUCUCAGCGGAGCUCACAAAGCUCCUCCUCGGGCAAUUGCAAGGACUCAGCCCUGCUGGAGACCACCGAGAGCAGCAAGAGUACAAACUCUCAGAGUCCGUCCCCACCCAGCAGUUCCAUUGCCUACAGUCUCCUGAGUGCCAGCUCAGAGCAGGACAACCCAUCUACCAGUGGCUGCAGCAGUGAGCAGUCAGCCCGGGCAAGGACUCAGAAGGAACUCAUGACAGCACUUCGGGAGCUUAAACUUCGACUGCCGCCAGAGCGCCGGGGCAAGGGCCGCUCUGGGACUCUGGCCACACUACAGUAUGCGCUGGCCUGUGUCAAGCAGGUGCAGGCCAACCAAGAGUACUACCAGCAGUGGAGCCUGGAGGAGGGGGAGCCUUGUGUUAUGGACAUGUCCACCUAUACUCUGGAGGAACUGGAGCACAUCACGUCUGAGUACACACUUCGCAACCAGGACACCUUCUCCGUGGCUGUCUCCUUCCUGACAGGCCGCAUUGUCUACAUUUCGGAGCAAGCAGGUAUCCUGCUACGCUGCAAGCGGGAUGUAUUCCAGGGGGCCCGCUUCUCAGAGUUCCUGGCUCCCCAGGAUGUGGGCAUCUUCUAUGGUUCCACUGCUCCAUCCCGUCUGCCCAUCUGGGGCACUGGGACUUCAGCAGGUUCAGGCGCCAGGGACUUCACCCAGGAGAAGUCUGUCUUCUGCCGUAUCAGAGGAGGUCCUGACCGGGAUCCAGGGCCUCGUUACCAGCCAUUCCGCCUAAUUCCAUAUGUCACCAAGAUCCGGGUCUCAGAUGGAGCCCCUGCUCAGCCGUGUUGCCUGCUUAUCGCAGAGCGCAUCCACUCUGGUUAUGAAGCUCCUAGAAUCCCUCCUGACAAGAGGAUCUUCACCACACGGCACACUCCUAGCUGCCUCUUCCAGGAUGUGGAUGAAAGGGCUGCCCCGCUGCUGGGCUAUCUCCCUCAGGACCUCCUGGGGGCCCCAGUGCUUCUGUUUCUGCAUCCCGAGGACCGACCCCUUAUGCUGGCCAUCCACAAGAAAAUCCUGCAGCUGGCGGGCCAGCCCUUUGAUCACUCCCCCAUUCGCUUCUGUGCCCGGAAUGGGGAGUAUGUCACCAUGGAUACCAGCUGGGCUGGCUUCGUGCACCCCUGGAGCCGAAAGGUAGCCUUUGUUUUAGGCCGCCACAAAGUACGCACGGCACCUCUGAAUGAGGAUGUAUUCACUCCUCCUACCCCCAGCCCAGCGUUAUCCCUUGACCCUGAUAUCCAGGAACUAUCUGAGCAGAUCCAUCGGCUGCUGUUACAGCCUGUGCACAGCCCCUCAACAGGGCUCUGUGGAGUUGGUCCUGUGACUUCCCCAGGCCCUCUCCUCAGCCCUGGCUCCUCCAGUGAGAGCAACGGGGGAGACACCGAGGGGCCUGGCCCUCCUGCCCCGGUGACCUUCCAGCAGAUCUGUAAGGAUGUCCAUCUGGUGAAGCACCAGGGCCAGCAGGUCUUUAUUGAGUCCCGCACCCGGCCACUAAACCGGCCCCGCCUCCCUACUACAGGCGUAUUCAAAGCUAGGACCUAUCCCUCCCGGUCCCCAGACCCCGAGUUGGAGUCUGCUCCUUCCAGCCAGGCCCCUCUAGCUGUGGUCCCUGAGGAGGCAGAGAGGAAGGAAGCCUCUGGUUGUUCCUACCAACAGAUCAACUGCCUGGACAGCAUUCUUAGGUACCUAGAGAGCUGCAGCAUCCCCGGCACGACCAAGCGUAAAUGUGCCUCCUCUUCCUCCUGUACUGCUUCCUCAGCCUCUGAUGAUGACAAGCAGAAGACAGGGCCAGUCCCUGUGGGGGCCAGGAAAGAUCCGGCAUCAGCAGUGCUGUCUGGGGAGGGGGCCACUCCUCGGAAGGAGCCAGUGGUGGGUGGCGCCCUGAGCCCGCUCGCCCUGGCCAAUAAGGCAGAGAGCGUGGUGUCCAUCACCAGUCAGUGUAGCUUCAGCUCCACCAUCGUCCAUGUGGGAGACAAGAAGCCCCCGGAGUCGGACAUCGUCAUGAUGGAGGACCUGCCUGGGCUAGCUCCAGGCCCAGCCCUCAGCCCUGCAGUAGCCCCUGACCCAGUCCCAGAUGCUUACCGCCCAGUGGGCUUGACCAAGGCAGUUCUGUCCCUGCACACACAGAAGGAGGAGCAGGCCUUCCUCAGCCGCUUCCGUGACCUGGGUAGGCUGCGUGGCCUCCACAGCUCCUCCAUGGCUCCCUCGGCCCCUGGCUGCCACCACGGCCCUGAGCCCUCUGGCCGCCGACACCACUGCCGAUCCAAAGCCAAGCGCUCACGCCACCACCAGACUCCCCGGACCGAAGCCCCCUGCUAUGUCUCCCACCCCUCAACUAUGCCAUCCUCUGCCCCCUGGGCCCCACCACCAGCUACUACUCCCUUCCCAGCUGUGGUCCAGCCCUACCCUCUUCCAGUAUUCUCUCCACGAGGAGGCUCCCAACCUCUUCCCCCUUCCCCUACAUCCAUGUCCUCUACAACUUUCUCUGCCCCCCUGGUGACCCCAAUGGUGGCCUUGGUACUCCCUAACUGUCUGUUCCCUACGCCAACCAGUUACCCUUGUGGGAUGCCCCAGACUUCUGCCGAGGGGCCUGCGACUCCUGCCUCCCAUUCUCCUCCUUCGUCUCUGCCCCUUCUGCCCCCCAGCCCUACUCACCGCCCAGAAGCUCCACUAUUCAAUUCGAGAUGUAGCUCCCCACUCCAGCUAAAUCUGCUGCAGCUUGAGGAGACCACCCGAGUGGAGGGGGAUGCUGUUGCAGGGGGCUCUGGGGAUAGUGCUGGGCCCCCCCCUCCCAGUGAGGAGGCUGCUGAGCCAGAGGCCAGACUGGUGGAGGUGACCGAGUCCUCUAAUCAGGACGCGCUUUCGGGCUCCAGUGACCUGCUGGAGUUGCUGCUGCAGGUGGACUCUCACUCGGGCACAGGCUCUGCUGCCUCGGGCUCCUUGGGCUCCGCCAUGGGCCCUGGAUCUGGUUCAGGCUCUCAGGAGGGCGGCAGCACCUCAGCCAGCAUCACACGCAGCAGUCAGAGCAGCCACACAAGCAAGUACUUUGGCAGCAUCGACUCUUCUGAGGCGGAGGCUGGAGUUGCCCAGGGUAGGGUUGAGCCCGGGGAUCAGGUCAUCAAGUAUGUGCUCCAGGAUCCCAUCUGGCUGCUCAUGGCCAAUGCUGACCAGCAUGUCAUGAUGACGUACCAGGUGCCCUCCAGCAGGGACAUGGCCUCUGUACUGAAAAAGGAUCGGGAGCAGCUCCGGGCCAUGCAGAAGCAGCAGCCGCGAUUUUCAGAAGAGCAGCGAAGAGAGCUGGGUGCCGUGCACUCCUGGGUCUGGAAGGGCCAACUGCCUCGGGCUCUCGAUGUGAUGGCCUGUGUGGACUGUGGCAGUAGCACCCAAGACCGUGGCCACCAUGAUGACCCACUCUUCUCGGAACUCGAUGGACUGGGGCUGGAGCCUAUGGAGGAGGGUGGAGGCGAGGGUGGCGGCACUGGUGAAGGUGGAAAUGAGACCCAGACCCAAUUUGGGACCAGGGUCCCAAGCUCUCAGGACUUGGCCAUGGAGGAGGAAGAACAAGGUGGGAGCUCAUCCAGUCGAGCCUUAACUGCCACAGAAAAUGGCACAAGCUAAACUACAUCUGGGCCAUCUCUAGGAGGGCGUGAGAAGGUUCCUUCCAUGCCCCAAAUCUCAGAACUCAUAUAUGGCUGGACCAACCAAUAGAAAACUGCCCAAGCAACUGCCGCUGUAGGAAGCCAGAGACCCUUGUCACCAGCCAGGGACCCAGGGGCUGCCUCUGACCUCUUAGGGAACAGAGGUUGGAACUCUCCAAUCCAGCUCAGAGUAGCCUCACCUGUACCCCCUGGAGAGGAGGCCGCCUUCACCUGGACAACAUUGCUGGCAAGCUGCUGAAGUGGUUUCCCCAAAACCUGCUCGGCCAAGUCUGGGUUCCAAGGGUUGGGCUACACUUAUUUAUUGGGGGGAACAGCCCUCUUUCCUUCCUUCUGAUGGGAGGAAGGUCUGAGGCCCAAGCAGGACCCAGUGGUGGUCUGUACCCCUAGCUGCUCCAGGGUGGGGGAGGUUGGUGGACCAUGGAGUCCCUGGUGCUGCCUCUCAGGUGGGACCCAGACGUUCUCAGCUGUACCUCUACCGAUGGCAUUUGUGUUUUUGAUAUCGUGUCUGUUAUUUUUU